AUGGACUACCAAAACCGCGCCGGCUCCAAAUUUGGCGGCGGCGGCGUAGCCUCCUUCAGCGCAACAAACGCAGACCGCCGCGAACGCCUCCGCAAGCUCGCCCUCGAAACAAUCGACCUCGACAAAGACCCCUACUUUUUCAAAAACCACGUCGGCUCCUUCGAAUGCCGCCUCUGCCUCACAGUCCACCAAAACGACGGCUCCUACCUCGCCCACACCCAGGGAAAAAAACACCAGACCAACCUCGCCCGCCGCGCGGCCCGCGAACAGAAAGAAGGAAAGCAGAAUAUCGACCCGGCGACGGGGUUACCCGUCGGCGUUGUCGGCGCGGGCUUCGGUGCCGGGCAGAGGAGGAAUUUGAUCAAGAUUGGACGGCCGGGGUACAAAAUCACCAAAAUCCGCGACCCGAUUACGAGGCAGCAAGGGUUGCUGUUCCAGCUUCAAUACCCCGACAUCGCGCCGGACGUGGAGCCGAAAUGGCAGGUCAUGAACGCCUUUACGCAGCGCGUCGAGGAGCCGGACAAGAACUUCCAGUAUUUGCUUGUCGCGGCGGAGCCGUACGAGACGUGCGGGUUCAAGAUCCCCGCGCGCGAGCUGGACAAGCGCGACGAUAAGCAGUUUAGCUUUUGGGAUCCGGAUGCGAAGGAGUAUUGGCUGCAGGUCAUGUUCAUGUCGGAGCGGGAGGAGAGGUAUGUUGCGGCGCCUGGUACGAGGCGGUGA